UGUAACCUAACAUACCUAACAAUACCUACCUCUCAGUCAUACCAUGGCCUUGCGCCAGGAAAGAAUAUGCCAUUGGUUUGGCCGGAGGACCUGCACGCAUAAUAGGACAUUGCUCGAUCUCCCGGCUCCUGUCCGACGGCGAAUCUAUGAUUAUGCAGGUCUCAUCAGCGGAAACUCGAUCUACAUACACUCAUUAAAACAACCCCACGAAGACCUUGAAGGGGAAAAUCAUCAAAAAAAAAUAUUCAAAAGUGACCCUUGCGACUGGUGUGAUAAACUCCAUUUCACAUUCCACCUCCUUCAGACUUGCAAAGCCGUCUAUGCCGAAGUCAGUGCUGUUGUCUACUCUGAGAAUUUCUUACUCGUUCCCCACCGGGCCGUAGAUGAUGGUCUCCGUAUUCUCGGCAACAUUACUCCUCACGCUUGUAACAACCUAACCAACUUAUACGUUCAUCUCCGCCUGGCUGAUGGCUACUGUCCCGGAAAUUACAUCUUGGACGGUAUAAACACCGAGCCUAUUCGAGAAAGUCGCGUUGCUGCAUGGCAACAAACUGCAAAGCAUAUUCUCACAUACUCAAAUCCUCAAAAGCUUAGCUUACACUUUAUCUGUGACGUAAAUUCGCAGAUAUAUAUCGCUCUUGAUGUGCUGCAACCUUUUCUCGAUUUCCCCGGAAGUCUCAAGGACUGCGCCCUGCGUCUUGGUCGCAGCAAAAAUAGGAAUCUCUACUCUAUGGCCCGACAAACAGCCAUCAUAGUGUCAGACAAACCUACUCAUCUAGAUCAGCCUUUCCGGUUCCUCGAUCUUCCGCAAGACCUCCAGCAAUCAAUUCUAAAAUACACCGAUCUGAUCACCCCCACGAAUGAGGUCCGGUGGAAACCACAACGUGGCUUUCAUUAUAAAUUUCCUAGAGAGGAAGUGUCUGCGGAAUACUACGACCGUCGUGUAUUUCAACAUUGUGCAGAUUAUCAUUCCGAGCUUGGAUGUUUUUGCAUGCGUGAUCACUGUGUUUACUCGUCUCGCUGCCGAUGCUGGCGUCCCCCGCAGGCCUUAUUCCUUGUUAGUCGAGCCAUGUACGAAUCUUCUCGAGCCGUUUUCUAUUCCUAUAAUCGCAUGAUUAUCAUCCCAAUCGUGGGAAUAUGGAAGGGCCGCUCAUCCGUCUUAGCUGGACUCGAAACCUUUAUAUUCAUCACGAAGUUUCUUAAGCCUAAUACACUAUCUUAUCUUCGUUACUUGGAGUUGGUAUGUCCACCUUUUGAGACGCGUGACCCUUUGACAUUACCGGAUCCCGUAUCGUACAUUCACUGGCAGAGUAGCGUCGACUCCCUUAGAAUCCAUGCAAACCUCCCCGCCUUAACAAUAGCCGUCUAUAUGACUCGCUUUGAACCGCCAAGAUACAGCAUAGAUAAUGACAGUCGUCAGAGGGUGACCGGUAAAGCAUUUGAAGAGGGCAAUUUCACCAUGGACAGAGAUCAAGAUUUGGCGCUGAGACCCUAUUUGGACAUUCUGCUGCCCUUUCGAUCGCUGGCACGUAUGGGGCGGUUCUUUGUUUUCAUAGAGUGGGCAGGAAGAUAUUGGAUAAACGUGGAAAAUGAGCAGGAGAUCAAUUGCCGCCUAUCAGAAGUGGAAAUGUGGCUCGAGCAGAAGGUGAUGGGCAGUGAGUACGACAGCAGAGCAUUGGGGAAAGCGGACGUUAAACUUAGCCAGUGGCUCCAGGCCGUCAGGUCCUACUUUAGGGACUGACCUACUCUAGGGACUGACAUUAACGGAAUCCCUUGGGAAUAAAGAACGUCGUCAAGAACCUGACCUAGGUAGUACACAUAGCCCAUCAUGUCCUCUAGGGAACGACAUGAAAAAGAGUAAUCAAUGCUCGGAAGAGAAUGAAUUGGCUUCUCCGGUAGCUCUAUCACUCAAAACAGCCCCUGAGCGGAACGGAUCUUUCUGUAUUAAAGCACGUCGGCCGGAUAACAGCAAAACGUCCAGGGAUGGUUGAGGAUCAAGUCACCGCAUCUUGACAAUGCCGAUGAUAUAGAUAUCCAUUGCUCAGUUAAGCCCUUGGGAUUAAAAAUGAACUAUACCGCAUCGUGGAGAAUGAAUAUCCAGGUAGGUAGCCUUCCGCGUCUUCGGCAAUGAUAUUUCUUACCGCUGUCGAGAUUUCGAACUACCUAUCAUGAAGACUGGGUGAAUGGCGGCUAGCAAAGUGGAUAUCCCCACAACAGAAGCCUUCCAUAUGUAGAUCGUUAAGAGGCCUCCGCGUCAAAUGCUACUUGGUGAUAGCUUAG